UCCUCACGUAGUAGUUCCCUCCACAUCUAUCCGAAACAAAAUUCCCUCCCUCCUUCCCUCGUUUUCUGCUUUCUCCAUCUCUACGCCCUAACCUCCCUCAUUUCCCCACUCUCUCUCUCUAAACCCCACUUUCUCUCUCUAAAACCCUACUUCUCUCCGAUCCUCAACCAUUUUCAUCAAUUUUCAACUUCAAUUCCGAUUUACAUCCCAAUUUGUUACCAAUUUUUCAUGUCAAUGUCCGGUGCCGCUGGAGCUUCCGACCGUGGCUCGUCGAGGGAGGUUACCGGAGCACCAAUUCGGCCGCCGUUGAAGCGUCAUCUGGCUUUUGUCUCGACGAGGCCACCGUUUGCACCUACGGAUGAGUAUCAUAGUUUCGCCGCCGUCGAUUCUAGGAAAGUUCCCGAUCAUGUUACUGAAGCCGUCAUUGUUAGAUCUCCGCUCAUAAAGCGGAAGAAUGGAAUGAAUGAAAGCCAAGGAGAAUCACAAAAGUCGAGUAACAGCCCGGGAUACACUAAUGUAACGAAUAGUCCCUUUAAAACUCCUUUGUCUGCAAAAGAGGGAAGGACACAUAAGUCAAGGGUUUCCAAAGAAGGCAGAUCAUGUCCUCAAACACCCAUCUCAAACGCUGGUUCCCCUUCUCCGCUUACUCCUGUUGGCAGCUGUCGUUAUGACAGUUCCUUAGGUCUCUUGACAAAAAAGUUCAUCAAUUUGAUCAAGCAUGCAGAGGAUGGCAUUCUUGACCUAAAUAAAGCAGCAGAAACUUUGGAGGUGCAAAAGAGGAGGAUAUACGACAUAACUAAUGUUUUGGAAGGCAUUGGUCUCAUCGAAAAGAAUAUCAAGAACAGAAUACUUUGGAAAGGAAUUGAAUCUUCUACUCCUGGCAAUGUGGAUGGUGAUAUCAACAUGCUUAAGUCAGAAGUUGAAAAACUUUCUUUGGAAGAGCAGAGACUAGAUGAUAAAAUAAGGGAAAUGCAAGAAAAGCUGAGAAGUUUAAGUGAAGAUGAAAAUAACCAGAAGUUCCUUUUUGUGACCGAGGAAGAUAUUAAGGGCCUACCUUGCUUCCAGAAUGAAACUUUGAUAGCAAUCAAAGCUCCGCAUGGAACCACCUUGGAAGUCCCUGAUCCUGAGGAAGCCGUUGACUAUCUACAGCGGAGAUAUAGAAUCAUUCUUAGGAGCACAAUGGGUCCCAUCGAUGUCUACCUUAUCAGUCAAUUUGAAGAGAAAUUUGAAGAGAUUAAUGCUGCUGUGGCCCCGACGAGCUUAGCUAUUGCUUCAAGUUCAGAGUCUACUGAGCAACAAGUGACAGAAAUGGUUCCUGCUGAAUGCAGUGGAAACGGACUUGAUCCUCAAGCUCUCCUCUCUUCUCAGACAUACUCUGAUUUAAAUGUUUCACAAGAUCUUGCUGGGGGCAUGAUGAAGAUUGUCCCUUCAGAUGCUGAUAAUGACGCUGAUUAUUGGCUUCUAUCGGAUGCUGAAGUUAGCAUAACAGAUAUGUGGAGAACAGAUUCAGCUAGUGUUGAUUGGAGUGCUGUGGACAUGCUUCAUCCUGACUUUGAAAUGAUUGCGAGGCCACAAACUCCAUCGCCUGUACUUGCAGAAGCACCAUCAACUGUAGCUAACCCUAAUCAGAGGUGAUUUUGAUUUGUUUACUACCACAAUAUGUUAGAAAGUAUGGUCAUCGUCCUCUGUGUUGACGGGAAGCUACUUCAAUAGAGUAAUUGCUAGCUUUGUGAAUGUUGAGGAUGCUGUCAGGAGCUGUUGAGUGUCAAGCUGAGAGUUCUUACUACACUUCAAGUAAAUUAUAGACUCUAUUUGGUCCAUAAACUAGUUAUAGUAGACAUGCUAAGCUGAUGGAGAAUUUAGUUUGGAAGUUAGGGAAGUUGCGAGUAUUUUUACAGAAAAUGUUGCUACUGCAUGAAAUGCUAGGUAGGUAGACUCAAACCCUAAUUCGUGUCUAGACAUGUUAUUAGCCAUACUUGCAGUGUGGCAUUGCGGGUCCUUUUUUGUUUCCUUCUUGAAAAGGAGAAGUUGCUAUGCAGAUGCUGACCGCAAACAACUGCAAGGGUGCACUGGAUAUUGUUAGGACAGGAUUGCCUUUAUUAUUCAAUUAUCAUUCAUGUUGAUUGUAAACAUUUCAUAAACGGUCUUCUGAUAAAGUUAUGUCAUUUAUUAUGUCAAA